CCUCUACACAAGGCCGAAGGAGAUCUGGGAACUUUAAUUUCUAGGGUUUGCUUCACCUUAAUUAGGUCCCAGGUCAGUCGUCGUCGUCGUCGUCUUCCAUUGUCUACCUUGCUGUCGCCGUUCUCAAGCGAGCCCAUGGUCAAGAUCGAUUGCCGGUCGGUGCGGCGCCGGCGGUGCAUCGACAGAGCAAAUAACCAUCGACCGAGGCUGUUGUUCCGUACAAAAAGUGGUCCGUUAAUCCGCCAAGAAGGUGAUGUUUCUGAGGGUACUAUGUCAGGAUUUGACUUUGAUAAACUUCCAGAGGAUAUAUUGUGCCAUAUACAUUCUCUUGUUCCACUGCAAGAAGCUGCUCGCAUGGCUUGCGUCUCUCAUCGAUUUCUACGAUCUUGGAGAUGCUUCCCUAACCUCACAUUCAAUCUGCAUACGUUAAGCUUGGAUGUGUUUGAGGGGGAAACAUAUAAAAAUAAAAUGGUGGACAGAAUUGACAAAAUUAUUCAGAACCACUCUGGCCUUGGGGUGAAGACACUGAAGCUUGAUGUUUCCACUUGCUUCCAACUCAUCACGGUUGACCAGAUCAACAAUUGGCUUCAUGCUAUCAUCAAACCUGGAAUGCUUGAAAUUGCCUUGAUGUUUCCUCUACGAAGCAAGCGAGUGUUCGACCUCUCCUGCUCGCUUUUAUCUUGCGCCGCAAGCUCACUUCAGUCUAUUUCCUUCUUCUAUGUUGGUUUUCAUCCAACACUAAGUUCUGGCUGCUUCAGUAGCUUGAGAAGCGUGUGUUUCAGAUAUGUCGACAUUACUACGGAGGAACUAGGAUGCCUUCUGUCCAGUACUUUUUCGUUGCAAAAACUGGAAAUUAACAGUUGUGAUCAGCUCACUUUCUUGAACAUACCGUCUCAUCUGCAGCAUCUUACGAUCCUGAAUGUGUCAUGGUGCACAAAUCUGCAGAGGAUAGAAAUUUAUGCUCCAAAGCUGACCACUUUUGACUUCAGAGGACCCCCUAUGAAAAUAAUAACCGGCGACUCCUCGCAUCUGAAGGAUGUGACUUUGCAUGGUGCACUUUUCUCUGGCAUGAUCCAAUAUGCUAGGACUGAACUCCAUUCGUUCGCAUGUAAUCUUCAAACUCUUACCCUGGCAUCAGUUAAAGAGGAUUUUAAUACACCAAUGUUGCCUGAGAAAUUCCUCCACCUCAGGAACUUGCAUAUCUAUUUUGAAAGCAUUGGCUUCCAAAGCUAUGAUUAUUUUUCUCUGGCUUCUUUUAUCGAGGCUUGUCCUGCCUUGGAAAAUUUCUACGUAUGGGCAGGAGAAUAUGAUCAUGUAUGGAAGGACCCAGCUCUUGAGGUUUCCGAUGCAGAUUCAUUACAGAUAAGGCGGAUUCCGGGAUUCCACCAUAGCAACCUUAAGAUAGCAUCCGUCAAUCGAUUUUUCCCCUCAAAGAGCUUGAUUGAGCUAAUAUAUCUAAUUAUUGAGAAUGCCUCCUCGCUACAAUGGCUUAAGCUUGAUACUGCCUAUCGUUUUGACUUUAGUGGCAUGUGUAAAAGGAUGUGUAAGGAAGAUGUCAGCCAAGCACUCAAAGCUGUAGAGGUUGCCAAAAGAUAUAUUGGGUGCAAAGUUCCCUCCACCGUGGAAUUCAACAUUCUGGAGCCCUGCAAGCGAUGCCAUAUUCCAAAACUUUACGAACUUUAGAUGUCUUGGAAUUGUAAAUGCUGUGCAUCUUAUAACGUGGAACGAUGUAAUAUAAUACAACUCGUUAUUAAUUUCUAGGAAACAAGAGCAUCUACAAGAGCCGGGCAAAUUGUGUUUCCUAAAUCUGGUAAUUUGGCAUGUCUCCAAAUAAUAUA